UCAACCCAUUUAUUCGAACAGGAGUGGCUGCGAUGUAAACCAUUUCCUUUAUAUAGAGGAACACUCACCUUCUAUACGCCACCAUCCUUCACUUGGUUUUCUUCUUCUUUCUCACGGCAAUGGUGGUCUCUAUGAAGAUGAAUAUGGUGUUACAGAAAAGCGAUUCAAUGUUAAAUAGAGAGAGAAAUUACAUUUGCAGCUUCAAGAGCACAAGCAUAUCCUGCAUGGCCAAGGAGUUGCCCAUGCAUAACGACAAUCUGUACAAACUUCUUUCAUUGGAAUCCCGGAAUGUUAGUUUCAAUGAGAUCAAGAAGGCAUACCGUGCCAAGGCCCUGCAACUCCAUCCUGAUGUAUGUCCAUCUUCCAUUACAGAUGAAUGCACAAAGCAAUUCGUGGAGUUACAUAAGGCCUAUGAAGUUCUUUCAGAUCCAAAUACGCGAAGAAUGUAUGAUCAGGAAUUGAACAUGGUUGAAUGUUUUGGAUCAUGUGGUUCAGGUCAUCAAUUCCGUUUCUAUGAUAGGAAGGUGUGGGAAAUGCAACUUGCUGGACUAAAGAAACGAUCUGCCGAUCGAAUGGAAAGGAUGAAAAAUGAAUUCAUGUAG